UACUCUCUGCUUGCAAAAAUCAAAAAGAGAAAAAAACACUCUUCAACGAUCCAAAUUCUACCUGCCAGCUUCCUCUCAGCUGUUCUUCUUCUCAAACGCGCUUUUACUUCUUCAUACCCCGUUAUCCCACCCUCUCUCUCUCUCUCAUGGCCAACCCAAUGCUAUUGCUCCUCUUACUGAUCUCCGUAGCAAACUUCCUCCGACCAUCUACCUCACAGAGUUUGCCGGCGGCGCAACCAUCUAACUUAACGACCUGUAACGGCAUCUUCAUCAACUACCUGUUCGAGAACCGGCAAAAGAUCCAUCCUUUCGUUUCCGAACCCACCAAGCAACCCUAUUCUUUCGGCGCCAACGUCACCCUGCUCAACUCAGGUACCAUCGUUCUCAAAGCCUGGACCCUCGUCAUCGGCUUCUCCCACCUUGAGAUCCUCGUUUCCAUCUCAAACGCCGUCCUUGCGGACGGCUCCGCUCUCCCCUUCCAGUCCGAUCCCAAAACUCCCGUGGAGUUCUCCGGCUUUCCCAACCCCGAUCUCAAAACCCCCAUCGCCACAGCAGGAGACCUCUCCCAGAUCCAGACCUCCGUCUCCAUCAUCGGAACCCAGUUUGGUGUUUCUAACCCAGCCAUCCCCCUUCCUUCCACUCUGUCUCUGUCCGACCCUGCCUGGACUUGUCCUCCUGCAGCCAUCGACCGUUCCAAUAGAUCCAUCUCCACUUGUUGUGUGCAGAAUCUUGAUCCUAGCACUAACUCCACCUUGAACGACAACUCCACUCUCGCUGACGAAAACUUCCUUCCUCGCCGCGCCGGCGACCUCUCCAUUACUUACGACGUCAUCCAGGCCUUUCCUUCGAGCUACCUCGCGCUCGUCACGAUCGAAAACGAAAGCCCCCUUGGCCGCCUCGACAACUGGCGGCUUUCCUGGGAGUGGAUGCGCGGUGAGUUCAUAAACUCCAUCAGAGGCGCUUACACAUCUUUAGUUUCGUCCUCCGACUGUAUUUUCGGGAAGCAGGGUGAGUUUUACAAAGAUCUAGAUUUCUCCAAGGUCGUAAAUUGUCAGAAGAUACCAACAAUAUUAGAUCUCCCCUCUUCAAUGGCUAAUGACAAUGAUCUUGGCAAGAUCCCCUCUUGCUGCCGGAACGGCACCAUCCUUCCGAAAUCUAUGGACGCCUCCCAGUCUGCCUCUGCUUUUCAACUCCAGGUAUACAAAAUGCCGCCGGACGACAACCGCACCAUUUUGAACCCUCCACAAAACUGGCAUAUCACCGGUGUGACACUGAACCCCGAUUACACCUGCGGCGCACCAAUCCGCGUCGCGCCUAGCAAAUUCCCUGACCCCAGCGGCCUCCAGUCCAACUCCUCGGCCAUUGCAUCAUGGCAAGUGAUUUGUAACAUUUCUCAGCCAAAAAACUCCAAGCCCAAGUGCUGCGUCUCCUUCUCUGCUUAUUAUAACGACUCCGCCGUCCCUUGCAAAACCUGCGCCUGCGGCUGCCCGGCCUCAAGCUUAUCUCGCACUUGUAAUGCCACGGCCCCCGCUCUUCUCCUCCCUCCCGACGCCCUCCUCGUUCCCUUCGAUAACCGUAGCGCAAAGGCGUUGGCUUGGGCUGAGAUCAAACACUUGGCCGUUCCUAAACCCAUGCCCUGCGGCGAUUUCUGCGGCGUGAGCGUUAAUUGGCAUAUCAAUACUGACUACGGGAAGGGGUGGACGGCGAGGGUAACUCUGUUCAAUUGGGAUGAUGUGAGCUUGGCCAACUGGUUUAUGGCCGUCGAGAUGCCCAAAGCUUACGAUGGAUUUGAGGCUAUGUAUUCGUUCAACGCGACGGCGAUAGGGAAGGAUACAAUCUUCAUGCAGGGGCUACCGGGAUUGAAUUAUUUGAUGGGAGAAGUGGAUGGAUCAAAUCCAGCGAGUGACCCGAGAGUGCCAGGCAAGCAGCAGUCUGUGAUCUCGUUCACCAAAUCGAAAACUCCGGGGAUUAAUGUGCCUUCUGGAGAUGGAUAUCCUUCAAAGGUAUUCUUUAAUGGAGAAGAGUGCUCGUUGCCGGACAUGAUUCCGACGGGCGGUGCUUCGAGGAUUGGGGGUGAAGGCAGAGUUUCCAUGGUUUUGAUUUUACUUGCUACUGUUUUUGUUCUAUUUGGGCAAUAGGUCGAACGGUUUGGUUGCAAUGCCUAUUCUUUGGUUCUUUUGGUGCUGAAAGGCUGUCACAGAGCUCAGAAAGGGAGGAAUGAAGCAAACUGUAGCGAGUAUGAAAGUCAACAUUCUGUGUUAAAUGGGCACAUAGUGUUCUUAUUCAUUGAUGUUGAUCUGCUACUUCUUUGUUCCAAAAAUUAAUGGUUUUUGUCCUGGAGAAACUUAUGAUGGCAUACAGUUUUCAUAUUUCA